UCCACCGCCCCCGUCUCUGACAGCCGCACAAUACAGCACCGGAUCGCCUUCCACGUGGCCAGUGGCUCGGGGAGAGGAAGAGGAGAGAGGGAAGAGGAAGGACGACCUCCCGUUCUGCCGUCCCAUCAGCUCAGUCUGGGGAGGGCAGCUGACAGGACUGACAGGACCAGGUGCCGGGAGGGGCGUGAGCCCAAGAGGAAUCCCAAAAUACAGCUGUCCUUUCCCCCCCCCCCCCCGGCGUCCCGAGAAACAGCCAGCCUCCGGACAGAGACACAGACAGGGUGCCCCGGAGCUCUGGGACCUGCGGACCACUGCUGCGCUCUCCAAAACCCGGACGCUUUAGCACCCCGCACCCCGAUUUGGGGGUCACCCCCGGGACACACGGAGCAGAAAACAACCACCCCACUGUGACCUGCCCCACUGCGCCCUGCCCCACCCUGCCCCGCCGUGCCCCGCCGUGCCCCGCCCUUGGUUCUCCAAGCUCCAGUGCCAUCUCUGGGCCCUCAAGGGCAGCUACAGACCCUUCACUUCUGAGGAUGUGACAACCCACCCUCUCCCCCACCUCCUCUGCUCCCCAUCCCCCCAAAUACUGUUGAACAGGUAACAGGUCAAAAGGGGUCACCCACCCCAGUUCCAAAGAGGAUUCCAUUUUUGUCUUUCUUCCACACCACGUUUGUUGUCAGCUCGUCCCUAGCGAUGCCGGCCAAAACACCCAUCUACCUGAAAUCCACCAAUAGCAAGAAGGGCAAGAAAUGCCGCCUGCGGGACAUCCUGUCCCCGGACAUGAUCAGCCCCCCGCUGGGGGACUUUCGGCACACGGUGCACAUUGGGAAAGGCGGGGAGCGGGACGCGUUUGGGGACAUGUCCUUCCUGCAGGGGAACUUUGAGCUGCUGUCCGGGAAGGAGCGGGCCCCCCUCCAGUACGCGGGACACAGCGAGUACCUGAGGGCCAACAGCGCCUCGGACGCCUGCUUCAGCGAGACCCCCUCCCCCGUGCUCAAAAACGCCAUCUCGCUCCCCGCCAUCGGGGGGUCCCAGGCCCUCACCCUGCCCCUCAUCCCCACCGCGGCGCUGCCCCCGCACCCCGACCCCUUCAACAGCGCCCGGCCGCCCUCCCGCGGCCCCCCCGACGGGACGGAGGCGACGGAGACGCUGUGCGGCGAAUCGCUGCCCCUCUCCCUGGACGUGCUCCGCCCCAAUCCCGCCCCCGCUGCGGAGCGCGAGGGGAAGACCAGCUUCCUGUUCGACUGUUCGCCCGCCGUCACCGCAAAGCUGGCGGAGUUGACGGAGACGAAAAAGCCGGGGGAGAACCGGAAGGCCGUCAACGGGGAGAACGGGUACGGAGGCGGGACCGAGAACGGGUACGACACGCCGCCGCCCGCCUACACCAAUAGCAACGGCGGGAUCCGUCACGUGACCGCGGCGCCCGAGCCCUACGCCAGCUGGCUGGACUGCGACGGCAUGCGGGAGAGCCGCAUCUGCGACUUUGACUUUGAGCUCUGCAAGGGGAAGAGCCUGUCCCAGGACUCCAUCUCCAAAAUCACCGGCUCCCUGCUGUCCCUGGAACUCGACCUGGGACCGUCCUUCCUGGACGACGUCCUGAACAUAAUGGACAGACCGUAGACGGCAGGGGGAGGCGCCCCCCACCCCACCCCCCCCCCC